CAUACAUCCUAAACAACUUCUUCACAAAACAAUACACGCGGACAACUCUCAACAUACAUGGACUGAGAGCAAAAUAUGUCCAAUUAAUUUUUAUACUUCUUUUAUCCGAAAGGAAGUUCCAAAACGAGAGGGAUAUUCAAAUACAUACACAAUAAUCCAUUAUCGCAUCAUCAUUCAUAUACUACCUGCCUACCCUACCCUACCCUACUUGAUAGUAUUUGAUUCACUCCAAACGCUACUCACCUAGGUAUCGAAUGAAUAGUCAGCUAGUCGAUUUAUUAAUCAAAUCAAUUCAUUGAUUCACCGAAUGUGCUGGCUUUCUAGAGCACCUAAACGCAGUCAACCUCGAGAAAAUUAAUUCCUCCUCCCUCGAACCUUUUUUACUUUACUCAACACACACACAUACACAUCUACCUCGUUACAGCCUCAUCCUUCGACGUCCAAAGUACUUGUGAUUCCUUCUUGAUCUUUCCGCCGUUCCCCAUUCGAUAUCUAAUAUUCGAUUCUUGUACACUUCAGAGUGCGUCGCAAACGAAGGCACUAUUUCCAAUAAGGACUUUUCAUGGGACACAAGGUCUAGCUCUAUUCGAAUGUAACUGUGGCAGCCUGCAGCCAUUUUACGGCUCGCCGCCUAUUGUCAGCAAUCUAUAGGACUUUUAACUUCCCCCGCCUGGUGCCAAAAGCAACAACAGGUUCAAUUUCACAACCUUCUUCAACCAGUAUCGUGUACUCUCCACCAUACUUGGGCUAUACACGCGCUAUAUUUAUUCCGCCCUUCGAUCUUGGGUUGGCGGUCUGAUUCAAAUUCCAAGUCGGUCCUCCUCUAAGUAGGAGAGUGGCCUUGCCACACCGAAUCCCAAGAUGGCCUCAAAUUUUCCACAAAUGGGUGGUGCAGGCCAGAUGAUGCCACAGCAACAACAACAGCAGCAGCAGCAACAUCAGCAGCAGCAGCAGCAGCAGCAACAACAACAACAACAACAACAACAGGCUCAUAUGCAAAUGCAUCCAAAUCGACAACCCCAGCAAUUAAAUCAUAUUAUCUUUCAGAAAAUUCAGCAACAAGGACCACCACCAUCAGGAUGGCAACAAAUAGUGUCGAGUCAAGAACGUAUGGCAGUCGUAUUCAAUAUAAUUGGUGCUUUACGACUUCUUUCUCAAGGUCAAAACACACCUCAGCACAUGUUUAAGCUUCUCGACAUUGCCCUUGGCUUCGAGAAAGAAGCAUUUCUGAGCUCACCCGAUAAAGUUUCCUACAAAAAUAAAAUGGCCGAGAAGCAGCGUGAUUUACAGCAAGCUCGAAUGCAAUCCCAGCAAACUAUGCAACAACAAGUUAACUCACAAGCCCAAGCCCAAGCCCAAGCUCAAGCUCAAGCUCAAGCACAGCAGCAGCAACAGCAGCAGAUGAUGAUGAAUCAAAAUGGCAUGCAAGGCCAAAUUCCGAGAAACAUUCCUCAGCAACCUCCCCAACAAGGCUUUCAACAUCUUCAACACCAGAUGCAAGCGUCGCCUCUACCCCCCCAGCAACCUCAGCCCAUGCAAAAUGGCCUGCCAAACGAUACCAUCCCACAGAAUAUGCCUCAGAAUCCACAGUUGCAAGCAAAUGGCAUGCCAAAUCAAAUUCAGCACGGAGCUGGCAGACCCAUGAAUGGCCAGCCACAAUUACAACCGACACCGACGCCAAACGAGAUGCAGGAAAUGAAUCGAGAAGCCAUCAGAAUGUGCAGCGAAGCAUCGGAAAACGAUAAGAUUAACAUCCGGAACACCUUGAGGGCAAAAAUGACUCCACAGCAACUCCAAUCGCAGGAACAGAGUGGAGCAGACAUCGCGUUUCUAUGGUAUCGCCAGCAACUUAUGAAUAGAUGGCGUCAUCGUCACUUGCCGAUAGGGCAAGGACAACACCCUACACUUCCACAGCACCCACAAAAUGGUUCUGCAACGGCUCCAGCCAUGCAGCAACAGCGAUCCAUGAACCCAAGUCCAAUGAAUGGUCAAUCGCAACCCCCUACAACCAUGGGCGGGGGUCCAGACUAUAAUUCUUUCUUGGGCAACAUGGAAAACUUAAUCGGCCAACAGCAGCAAGCAGGGGUCUUGGCUCAGGAAGCAGGUCAAGUUGUUGUACCUGUCAGUGCGCCAAGGAACAACACUCCUCAACCUAAUGUUACAAUGCCAGGCCAAGCGAUCAACAUGAGCGAACAACGUUCGGCUGCAAAUCCCAUGGCGAGAACGCAGGCCCAACAAGUCCAAAUGUUUAAUGCUCAACAGUCACAGAGGUUUCAGCAGGCACAGCAGGCACAGCAGGCACAAGCUCGUGCAAAUGCGGCCGCUAAGGCACAGAUGGGACUGCAAUGUCAACCUGGGGGAAUGGGUCCGGGAAACAUGCAAUCACAACAGAGCCCUGCCAUGAAUACGCUCAACGCUCCUAUGAGAACGCCAUCUCAGCAGAUGGGCCACCCCGAGGCCGGUGGAAUGAUGCACAAUGCACCAUUUGGCCAGUCACUGGACCCACGCUUCGCGAAUCAAAGGAUGUUUGGUAAUUCCAUGAAUCAAUUCAACCCCGCAAUGUUGCGAGAUAUGGGCCCAGAACAACGCCAACACUUCUCAAACUUGCCGCCUGACAAGAUGAGCGAAUUUGCGAAAAAUUGGCAGGCUCGGCAGCAGCAGAAUCCAAUGCAACAGGCACCACAAAUGGCGAUCCAAGGAAAUAACAAUCCACUCCGUCAAGGACAACCUGGACCACCGUCUGCACAACUCUUGCAACAGCAACAUGCACUAAGUCAAUUCAUGAUGACACACCCUGGACAGCGACCCCCUGCGUCAUUGUUGAACAAUUUGACUGCGCAACAACAGCAGCUGAUCGUACAACAACAAAUGGCUCAGAAUGCAGCAAUGCAGCCCCGGCCUGGAAACAUAACUACAGAUCAUGGCAGACUGGUGCAACAGAUGGACAAUAUGGAUAUCCCUGCACAAUUCCUCGCUAACAAUCAAAUGUUGCAAGGAAUUCCUCCAGAGGUGAAGAAGUGGGGUCAACUGAAACAAUGGGUUAGCUCGACUCCCACAAUGCCACCACAGGCACUUGACUCCGUGAAGAACGCACAAAAGAUGCACCUAAUGCAGCUUGGUCAAGCGAGACGAGCCGCUCAACAGCAGCUCAACCCAAUGGCCACGCAGACUCCAGCCGCAGGUCAGAACGCAAUGCCCAUGGCACCUCAAAGAAUGUCGGCUCCUGUUGCCCAAAUGGGCCAGAAUCCUACUCAAAUGCCUAUGGGAAUGAAUAUGGGUCCUGGACCAAUGCGACAGUUCACACCCCAGGAUAUUGCGAACCUUCGCAAUCACCCAAGUGGUAAACUUCUUGCCGCCACUGAUGACCAACUCCGACAUAUCCUGAUGCAAAAUCAUAUGCAACGUCGUCAAAUGGCAGCAAGUAUGGCGCAGACGAAUGGUCAACAGAUUCCACCAAACGCGAUGCAGGGACUGCCGAACUCCGCUCAAAUGACGACUCCACAGCAACCAUCUGGACAAAUGCCACAACAGAAGCCAGCAACUUCGGCUCCAGAACCUGCAGGUACACCCAUUCCUACACCUGCUAAUCGCCCCCGGCCUGCACCAAACAACAAGCCAGCAGCCGCACAGAACUCGUCACCUGCUCAACCCUCCAAGAAUAAUCUGAAACGAGCUAGUAGCGAUGAUGUUGUAGAAGUGCCAAAUCCCAAUGGACAACAGGGCCCAGCGCCAGUGCCACAGCAGAGAAAUAUGACCAGGCUCACACCAGAACAGAUAGCCAAACUCGAUCCAGAGCAAAAGAAAGCCUAUGAGGCUACUCUACGCAGAAUGUUCAACGCAAGGCAGCAGCCACCAAGCAACCCUGAGGUGGAAAUGAUUACCAGGAAAUUUAAAGAAUUUGCUGCCGAAGAAGAAAAGGCUUACAACGAUAACCCACCCGGUGAAAUUUUUAUGGAUGAGGAGUCGAAGCAAAGCAUGCGCAAGGCCUUGGAACCUAUGCCUGCUCAUCUUAACAACGUCUCAAAGGCAAUGUUAAGGUGGUACCAACAGACUCGUGAUGAUUCUCGAGCUAAAUUAUUUUUCCGUGCUCGAUGUCGUUUAACGAAGCAAUUCAAAGACCCCGCUACUAUGAGGGAGCUCAAAGAUACUUUUUCGAUGAGGCCCGCCGAUGUGGAGCAAGCUAAAACGUUUCUCAAUACAAUGGUAAUGGAUAUCGUCAAUAAAAAUCCAAUGUUUAAGAAGAAUGGUGGAUCGUCAGAUCCUCAAGGUACAUCAGCUAAUCCAUCUGGUGUAUCAACGGGUCAAACUUCGGAGGCAGGCGUGCCUCUUAAUGCUGCUAAUUUACAACAACAGCAGCAGCAGUUGCUCAAGAUGAACCACCAAAGGUCGAAUAGCCGCGGCUCACAACCCCCAGCAGCCCCCACGUCAGCCCAGCCACCGUUUCCAUUUGGAGCUUCGUCUCCUCAUGGUCAGCCUACAUACCCUGGGAAGCCUCCUGCUUUCACUCCGGAAAAACUCCACAUUCCAGCGCGUAAGAAGCAGAAGCCAAACGGAACACCAGGCCAAGGUCAAGGUACUCCGGGAUCGACAUCCUCGCCCCAGAUCACCAAAGUUCCCUCACCAGAGGUCAAGCGUCAACAAAUUCCAGAGCCGAAAAUCCCGACCAAGCCAACCUGGCCAUGUAAUGACGAGGUUUGUGAACGCCAAAAUACUGGAUUCGAAAGUCAAGAGGAGCUUGCUCGUCAUACUCAAGUGGAGCAUAGGCUACCGAUGCAAAACCCACAGAAGUUUGCUGAGGAUCACCUCCGACCAGUUCUAGGUCUGGAUUCCCAAAACCAAUCAAAUACAGCAAUGGCGACUACGGAUGCAGCUACACCAUUCAAGCAAGGUCAGACACCGAAGGUUGAGACUCCCACUCCAUCUGCUUCAGCUGCUACACCUAUGAAUCGUCAGAAUUCAACGAAUUUACAGGGUGGCAUGAUGCAAGGUAAAGUCAAGCACCAGUCUGGUUUGGUUACAGAUACAGCCAAGUCCCAGAAAGGCACGAACAAGGAUGAAGCGAAUGCACCAGCUCAAGAAGUCAACUCAGAUCCUUGGGCGAAUGCUACAAUCGAUCCUAAUGAGCUUGUCCGCGCUUUCCAACCAUUCGAAGGUGGCGCUGGCGGGGCCAUCUCCGAUGUGAAUAAUUAUCGGUCCAUCACACCAAAUGAUACUCCGGAAUCGAGUAAGGACGGUGUAUCGGAGCCCACUAGUGAUAUCUCUGAAGGGGUCAACUUGGACAUUGCCUUGGAUAUGUUUGAUGAGCCAUGGUUUCCGUUUGGACUCGGUGAUACUGAUGCUCUUGUGGAAAACCAUACUAACACCUAUGACGCAAAUUUUGAUGAUGGCUUGACCAUGUUUGAUGAUAUGGAGUUUGCCAACGCUCCACAAACAUGGGAUGAUAUGGAUGGCAAAGUAAAUUUUAAUGAACCCUUUCAAUUCAACAUAGAUGAGCAUUAUUCGAUGGAUAUCUAGUUGAGUGAAUAGGGUUGUAUCACGGUUUUUGGAGGGCGUUUUUCUGGUGGGAAGGGUUUACAGGAUAUUUUGGAAAAUCAAUGAGAUGAUAUACCAAUGAAAAGCACGGCGUCUUAGGAUAAGACUACUAGGAGGGAAGGAUAGGAUAUUCACCUAGUACUUUUGUUUUUAGCAGGGCGUUCAGUGGGGGCGAAGAAUGUUCCUUCACUGGAAUAAGCUUUUGGUUAUUAUUACAUAUCAUGAUUAUAAUGGGCCUUCUUGCACAAAUAUAUAUUAUUAUUGCCCGGUCUAUCUUCUCGGUUGAGAGAAUGGGGGCAACGGAAUCGGGAGCAUGAGUUAGGUACAUUUGUUUUAAAUCCGAUUUGGAUUAUACAUGCUGUAAUUAAUUUUGAUUGCAGUUUAAGCGACUAAAAGAAUUGAUUUUUAUAUAU